AUGGCUGAAUCAACACCGAUUGGAGUCGCUCUUAUUGGGGGAGAGACCCUGGUCCUCAAAGCUGUUUACUCACGCUCCGCAGCAUCCGCCAGAUCCCUAGCCGACAGUGUUUCCUACUCAGUUGAUCUCUACUCUGAAGAUCUAGAUGAGGCAUUCGAUGAGCUUCUACAGCGCCCGGAUAUCGGAGCUGUCAUCAUCGCGUUGUCCAUUGAAAGUCAGCCCCGCUAUAUAAAGGCAGCUCUCUUGGCUGGAAAACAUGUCCUCUCGGAAAAGCCCAUAGCCGAGAAUCUCCAGGAUGCAGUCGACCUAAUCAAGUGGUAUCGCACCGAGCUUAGGGGAUCACCAACCUGGGCCGUUGCGGAGAACUGGCGGUAUCUGAACAGCUACGCCUACGCCGCUGAGAAAAUCAAGGGAAUGGGUAGAAUCACAGGUUUCCAGGGACGUCAGCAGGGCUUUCUGGCGCUGAACUGGAAAUUCAAUCGUGGGUCAACAACCAUCCCCACCCGCCUUUUAGUCACACCCUGGCGACGAACGCCCACCCACCAAGGAGGCUACCUUUUAGACGGCGGUGUUCAUUAUGCCGCGGGACUACGACUCUUGCUCGGUGCGCAGCCUGGAAACGAGAUUGCGACUCUCUCGGCCUUUACCAAUCAAAUCCAACCCCAUCUGCCACCGGUCGAUACCGCCGACAUGAUCCUGAGGACGCGAUCAGGUGUGACUGGCGUCCUGCAGAUUUCAGGGGGUACGUCGUUGCGGGCGAGUGAGUGGACUGUUGCAUGUGAGAAUGGGUGGAUCAAGAUUGAGAAUGAGCAGGUGACUAUUUCCCAGUCUGGAGAGAUACAGACAAUCACCGUCGCCAAUGAGCGCACGGGCGUGCCCCCUGAAGUUAGAGCGUGGGGAGAUAGCCUGAGGGCUGGGAAGGUGGUACCCGAGCAGGAACCCGAAGCAGCAUUGGCUGAUCUUGAAUUGAUCGAGCUUAUGCUUCGGAGUGGGGCUCAGGAUGGAGCUCCUUUUGCUUGCAAGCAUCAAGACGUAUAG